AUGGAUAUCGACACAAAGAUCAAGGCGUAUCGUUUCGUCGCCUACUCGGCUGUCGUGUUCUCGGUGGUCGCAGUACUAUCCGUCUGUAUCACCCUUCCAAUCGUGUACAACUAUGUGCACACGGUUCGUCGACAGCUUCAUAACGAAGCGAUUCUCUGCAAGGGAUCUGCCAAGGACGUAUGGGCUGACGUGCACAAUCUAAAGAAAUUCCAACAACCUCACAAUCGUACAGCCAGACAGAUUGGUUAUGGAGACGCGGAAGUUUCGAACGAUAUGUCCGGACAUCCUCAGCCCUCUCACGUCACAGGACCAUCGUUCGACGCCGGCUGCGAAGGCUGCUGCAUCCCCGGCGCACCGGGUGCACCUGGAGCUCCUGGCAAGCCAGGACGACCAGGAAAACCUGGUGCACCUGGCAUGCCAGGAAAUCCUGGACGUCCGCCAAAGACACCAUGUGAGAUGUUCGCCCCACCUCCCUGCAAACCUUGCCCACAAGGACCUCCUGGCCCGCCUGGACCUCCCGGUCCACCAGGAGACAACGGCUCAAAUGGUGAUCAAGGACCACCUGGGGAGGAUGCAGCGCCAGGAGAUCAAGGACCAAAGGGACCUGCUGGACCUCCAGGAAAACCUGGCGCACCUGGAGAGGCUGGAGAACCAGGACUACCGGCCACUUGCGAACCACCACAGGCAGGAGAACCCGGUCCAAACGGAGAGCCUGGACCUGAAGGACCAGUUGGACCCAAUGGGCAACCAGGAACCGACGGAGCACCAGGUCAACCUGGACCUAAGGGACCACCAGGACCAGACGGAAAACCAGGAGCGGAUGGUAACCCUGGUCAACCAGGACCACAAGGACCUCCCGGACAACCAGGAGAACGUGGUAUCUGCCCCAAGUAUUGCGCCAUUGACGGUGGAAUCUUCUUUGAGGACGGGACACGUCGUUAA